CAAGGACCGAGAGCCAGCAACAUUCUCAGUUUCACGGAGAAUCAGUGAAAAUCCCUCUAAUACGUAGUAUCUGCUUCGUUCUCUCGCUCCCUCGACCCCCGUCGACGUCUGAAGAGAAAUCUUCCCUCCCAUUGUCCACAAUGGGCCGCUUAAACCUCACAGCCCUCAACGUCCGGAAAAUCGCUCUCGCAAAUUUGGCGGCCGGCAAGAAAGCAAACCGACCCGGCUGGGUGGAUGUUGUAGGCGAAAUCCCUCCAGCUCAAAUAUUGAUCCGGCAGCAACCCGCGCGACAUCCUCUAACGAGAGUCCGCACACGAACUCUUCCCAAUGGAAAAACGGAGCAAUACACACAAACAACAGAACCUAAGAAGCCCAAGUCAUCCAAACCCCGACACCUUUUCACACCCAGACACUUAAGAUACGAGGAGGAUGAGCUACGGACAAGAUUUUUCAGUGACCAUCCCUGGGAGCUAGCGAGGCCACGAGUCGUGCUCGAGACGUCAGGAGAUCAAUACAAGAAUGCAGACUGGUCGAAAGGUAUCAUGCAGCCGGGCAUCGCCUUAUCCGGCGAGUCUGUUGUCCAGCGACAACUUUGGCUGCUUGAGAACGUACCCGACAUUACCGUCCCUCAAGCCUACGAUAUCGCACGAAAGGAGUUCUACGCUCUGCGCCGAUCAGAAGAGACGAGGAAUAGGAUUGCUGCUGAAGAAGCAAGACAUAUGGGUGCGCAGUUUGGCAAGUCAGCGAUCCAGAUCAGUAUGGGUAUCGAGAACAAAAUGUACAAUGACUGGGAGAAUUGGGCUCGACAGGUGGUAAAUGAACAGGCCAAUCGAAACGCGGCCUUUGAGGGUACCAUCAUGGCUUCGGAAGACGCUGCUUUGAAAGAGACCGAGAAUGAAGAGCGUCCGGCAAUUGGUGCUGGUGUUUUCGCUCAGCAGCAGCAGAUGGAUGCACGAUCACUGAGGCGGCCUGCAUAGCCAGGCAGUGUGCUACAAUGGGGCUUCGUAAGGGAAACAUGUUUUAUUAUGGUAUCAGAAUCGAGACUCUUUCUCCACGCGACAAACACGAUGCUCGCUUUAAGCUCUGCCAUGUGCCUUCUAACUCUACCUUCAACACGACCACGAACACGAUGA